CCACGAUUUCAAGAUGUACGCAGGCUGGAACCUGGUGCUUACGCUCAUUAUAAGUCUACUCUGCCGUCAAAUUGAUGCAUUCUGGCCAUUCUCAUCCGUGGUUUCUGCGGAAUCGGGUGACGCGGACACUGUUUAUGCAGACCCAACAGCGAAGAGAAUUGCAAUUAUUGGAGCUGGAGCAGCUGGCUCAUCUACAGCAUACUACUUGCAACAAUAUGCCAAUAAAUCAGGCAUCCCAAUCAACAUCACCAUUCUUGAACGCAACUCCUAUAUAGGAGGACGUUCAACCACAAUCAACGCCUAUGGCAACCCCUUGGAACCAGUCGAGCUCGGAGCCAGCAUCUUCGUCGAAGUCAAUACUAUCCUUAAGAACUCAAGUGAAGCUUUUGGUCUUAGACCUCGCGAGCAGACAGAAGGCGAUGAAAAAGAGCUUCUUGGUAUUUGGAAUGGCAAGGAAUUUGUAUUCCAACAGCAGGAUAGUGGAUGGUACUACUGGGACAUUGCUAAGCUCCUUUGGAAAUAUGGACUUGCCCCUAUUCGUACCCAACGUCUGAUGCAAAGUACUGUUGGAAAGUUCCGGAAGCUCUAUGAGUUCCCAUUUUUCCCGUUCAGAUCUCUCUCGGACCGCGUCUUCGACUUGGGACUCACAGAAGUCACGGCUUUGACAGGCGAACAGCUCUUGAAGGACAACAAUAUUGGACCCCCAUUCACCACAGACAUCAUUCAAGCUAGUACUCGAGUGAACUAUGGUCAAAACCUCAAUGUCAUCCAUGGCCUCGAAACCAUGGUAUGCAUGGCCAUCGACGGCGCAAUGCAGAUUGAAGGUGGAAAUUGGCAAAUUUUCGCCGGCAUGAUCAAUUCCUCUCAAGCUCUCACUCUCCUCAACACGACUGUGACUUCUGUCGCUAAGAAAUCCGGUAAAUACAACAUCAAGACCACUACUCCAUCACUCACCUCUUCCGAGAUCCACACCAACAGUGAAUCAUUCGACACUGUUGUUCUUGCUGGUCCUCUCCAAUACUCCAACAUCUCGAUCGGAAAGGACCUUCUUAAACGUGUCCCCGACUCUAUUCCAUACGUUACUCUCCACGUAACACUCUUCACUUCACCCCACACCAUCAGCGGCUCAUUCUUCAACCUCACUCCAGGCACUCCCGUGCCCUCCACAAUCCUCACCACCCUUCCAGUUGAUGAAGUUCCACCAAACGCCUCCCACGGCGUUGGUUCCGCCGGCUUCUGGUCCAUUUCAACCCUCCGCCAAGUAAUCAAUCCCAACACACUCGAGAAGGAAAAUCUCUACAAGAUAUUCUCUCCCGCCCCAGUCACUCCCGACUUCCUAAGCUCCCUGCUUAAUACUUCCAUCUCCUCUGACUUUGCUUUGUCUGACGAUCUAACGUGGUUCUACCCUCACGUCUGGCAAAGCUAUCCAUACGAGUAUCCACGAGUCACCUUCGAGGACCCGGAACUAGCGAGGGGAUUCUAUUAUACCAGUGGAAUGGAAAGCUUCAUUAGUACGAUGGAGACAAAUGCGUUGAUGGGCAUGAAUGUUGCGAGGCUGGUGGUUGAUGAUUAUUUGCAGUUGGCCGAGGAUAAGGGCGCUGUUGGAGAAGAAAAGCAGAAGAUUGUUGGUGGGGACAAGGGACAUCUUGAAGAGUUGUGAGCUUCAAGACUGUGUGAAGAUAGGGAAUUUGUAUGCUAAAGGGAAAAUGGUACGCUAUCUGUGGGCGUCUUUGUAGCAAAUUUCAGGAAGCGUAGCGCUGUGAAUGGAUGAAUUGGUCGGUUCUUUAUGUUGGGUUAAAAGAUUCGAAUUAAGAAUGUGGGAACAGAGCUGCCUCUUAUUCCUAGAAUAUCGUGUCUUCAAUGUCUGUUUCCGUACCUAAAGUUCACUGAUUCUUCUGUUCGCCUCAUUGUACGACACACUUUUGGAAGUUAUAGUGACUGGAGCAUCUGAUUUUGGUUCAACUUAGCUAGGUAAGUAGACG